AUGGAUGUGGAUGACGUGUCAGACCAACCCGGAAGUCGUCGGGUCGCGGUCAUGCAGCUUCAUGCACGUUUCAUCAUCAAAUCAAUUGCAGCCCUCUACACCUACAGGCUUCUCACAUCCCGUCGGAGGAACUCCAACAUUCGUCAUUGUCCCUCUCUCCUUCAGUCUCAUCAUCUCAACACGUUUGGACGACAACAGCAGCAGAUGAUGAUGGUGAUGAUGAUGGUGACCAGCAGAACAUCAUACAAACACGCGCUUGCUGUUUGUUUUUGCCUUUUCAUCUUGCACUUGGCAGAGUGUGCAAGUAAGAAGGAAACAAGUCUACUACACAGAGAUCGUUCAAGAAGGUUUACGAUAAGAGUUAAGCCGUUUACUAACAAGACAAUAACAGCCGAGUUCAACAAAUCUUUUGUAUUUCCCGAAAAGUGUCACUGUGCAAAGGGGUGUGAAUAUAUGCCGCCUCAUUUGGAAUGGGAGAAAUACGUUGGAGGCAGAUACGAAUACAAGAAUAUCCCGAUUGAGAAUAAGAUGAAGAGAGUUCAUGCUGUUGAUGGUGGAAGAUUGGGGUUGGAGCUUGUUUUUGAUGUUGUAAGGAAGGAGGAUGAGGGAAAGUACAGAUGUGUGAUUCUGAAUGAUUUCAACAAAGUGAUAAAUGAAUCUGAUUUUGAGCUCAGAGUUUCAGGUGCUCCAACUUCAGCACCAGUUUUCACAACCAAAAUUCCUACUCAACUUAAGCCGUUUACCAAUACGAACGUAACAGCUGAGAUCAACAAAUCAUUUGAAUUUCCUGAAUUAUGUGCAGCAGCUAACGGUCGUCACCGUCCAAAAUGGGCAAAAUACGUUGUGGACAAAAGCAAGUACCGAUACUUCCCGUUUGAUAACACAAAGAGAAUUCAUGCUGUUGGUAAUGGAUUGUUGGGUGUGGCUCUUGUGUUUGAUGUUGUCAAGAAGAAGGAUGAGCACGAGUACAAAUGCUUGCUUCUAGAUCAUUCACACCGUGUGGUUGAGGUGGCUGCAGUGGAGCUGAGAGUUUCUGCUGCUCCAACUUCAGCUGCAGUUUUCAUCGACAAAGUUUCUACUCAACUUCAUGCUUCAACGAGUGCAGCAAAUGUCACUCCAACUUCAUCUCAAACUUCACUGUUUACCACACAAUCUACCAUAUCCACCACUCUACCUCUACAUGAGACAGUUGAGCCUCCUUCUAAUGUAUCCACUCCUGCUGUACAACAGUCAGUUGAGACGUCAUCUAAUUCUCUGGUCAUGCCACUAGUUGCCGUCAUCAUCAGUGUUGUUGUCAUGUUUGUUGUAUUCGCUGCAUUUUUAUUCUACAAGUGGAGACGAUAUGUAGAUGGUGAUUCAAUGUGGCCGGCAUGGACAGUCAAAGCUUCCGUGUCUCGUCAGUCGUCAACACAGUCCACUCAGCCGUGUAUCAAACCCGAUAUGGAGGAAGAGAAUGAUUCAAUGAUGGCCAAUCGGCUUUCUCCAAAUCAGAAUGGCCAGUUGGCACAUCUGGCAAGAAUGAGAUCGUGUCACUCUGUCAAGUAUGAUCCUGCGUGGGAGUGGCCACGAGAACAGCUGAAAUUUAGUGGACUUCUAGGUGAAGGAUAUUUUGGUGCUGUAUUGGGAGCAGAAACAUUGUAUAUCACACCUAAUGCCCCAACAAAGGUGGCAGUCAAAAUGUUGAAAGAUGAAGAUAAUGAUUCUAUGAGGUACGCAUUAGCCAUGGAGGCAAACAUCAUGAAAUCUGUGGGAAGACACAAGAAUGUUCUUAGUCUUCUCGGGCUUUGCACAGUGAAUGGUCCUCUAUGGUUGAUCACAGAGUUUGCCGUCCAUGGUAAUCUACGUACACAUCUUCGUUCUAAGAGACCACAGAAAGAGCAGUCACCUGCAUUGUGUGACCACACAGUUUGGCCCAACCAAGGCCAACUGCCAGACAGAGACGCAUUUGGAUAUGCACUUCAAAUAGCCAGAGGCAUGGAGUUCCUCAUCAGUCAUCGAUGUCUUCAUCGUGACCUGGCGGGUCGUAAUGUGCUCGUGUGUGACGAAGAAGUACUGAAGGUUGGUGACUUUGGUCUUGCUAGAGAGUUAAAGUAUUGUGACUACUACAGGAGAAAGAACAAGGGAAUUCUGCCAGUCAAGUGGACAGCACCCGAGGCUUUAUUUGAUGAGAAGUUGUACACAGAAUACAGUGAUGUUUGGUCGUAUGGAAUUUUGCUGUGGGAAAUUGCAACUCUUGGUGGAUCGCCAUAUCCUGGUGUUCCUGUUGAGCGACUAUGUGAGCUGCUGUCAACAUCAAACUACAGACUAAGCCGGCCUUGUCACUGUCCACAAAAACUCUACGAGAUGAUGAAACGAUGUUGGGAAGGAAAGCCAUCAGAACGUCCAAAAUUUAGCAAAAUUAGAGAAGAUCUGGAACAGAUAAUGUCUGAAAUCGAAGAAUCUACGAACACCUCUGGCAAUGGUGAAUGUCUGGAGUCCAUCACGCCAACGUGACCACACAUCAUAAGGACAUGUAACUAACAGUAAAAAUUACUGUGAACCUCCAAUCGUCAGUCUUUUCACUGUACACGAUGAUCACGUGACGAUUACACACACGCUGCCAUCAUACAUAGUAGACAGUCAGUUGCUCUUGAUACACACAAUUAGUUAUGUAGCACAAUAAAUUAAUUAAUAAUUUUUAUUGAAAA